AAAAGGAAAUUCAAUUAAUUUAGAAGGAAAGAAAGAAAGUAAAAAAAGAAUAUAUAUAUAUUUAUAUAAAUAAUAAGACAAACAAAUACAAUAGCGAUAUUAAGAAAGAGAAUGAAAAGUUUGGUAUCAAAUCACAACCAUAAUACUUCCGGACAUUCUCUAAGGAAAUUCCGCAAUACGAAGUAUUUUCAGGAUCAAAGAGGAUACGAAACCGAUUAUAUGAAGAGAAGAAAUGAAUUUGCUGGGUCAACACCUUAGCAGAAAAAAGAGAAAAAUAAAUUUGAUGAUUAAGUAAACGAAUAUUUGAGGAAAGCAGGUUCAGGACUUUCAGAGAGUGUAGUAGCAGCAGAUGAUAACUAGAAUUUAGAUUAUGCAUCGGAAGUAGAAUCAAAAAUUAAAUCCCUUGAAGCAAAGCAUUUAGCCAGCUCAGUUAUUUUUUAAAAGCUUUCGCACUGUCACAGUGAGUUGAUGAAUUUGCAUAAUACAAAAAUACCAUCUAAUAAUAAUACAUUUGACAAGGCAAAUAUUACAACCCGCUCAAUCGAUAUUGGCACAAGGCCCACAACCUAGCGUUAAUUUAAAUCUCAAAGCAACCUUACAAUAAUAAGCACUCCUUACAAGAGUCCUAGUUUUCAAAAUAAGAAAAGUGCUAAAUCUUUAUAGAUCCACUCAAAGCAAGCAUUUUUUAAUUAAGCAAACAACGGUGAUACCAUUUCAAAGAUUUUAGAGUCUAGUUUGGACAGACUAGAUGAGGAGGAUAUAGCAGAAAAUAUUAGUAUUAAGGAGAAAAUACUCGACUCACUGAACGAACCUCAUCAUGAACAUGAAGAAUUUAACAAUGUGCAUAUGAAUGGAAUUGAUGAAUAGGAAGAAUACCAACGUCAUUGCGCAAGAAAUUUGUAAAGCGAAAUCAAUAAUUAAGGAAAUUAAAUUCGCAAUAAAUUGGAUGAAAGCUAUGAUAACGCUAUGCAAAAUGUAGAUGAAAGUGAUGCAUACUCCAUAAGCUAAAAAUUAAUAUUGUUAGGUUCAAACAUAAAGCCAAAGACUCCACUUAAACAUGACAGCUCUUAUUUUCUUUCACCAAAUUUAAGAUCUUCUGCUGAUAAGACUAAAAGAUAAGAGGGAAACAAUAAAAUCUAUGCUAAUGGCUAGCAAUCAUAAAAUUAAAAUUAAAAUUAGCAUUAUAAACUUAAUUAUUUAUCACCUGACUCAAGUUAAAAAAAGCAAGCACCUUUGUUAAAUAAAAACUUAAAAAAUGAUAAAUUUAAAGCUUAAUAGCUGAUUGGGUAAGUAAGCGGACAAUAAAUUAAAUCUCCAUCUGCCUAGCAAUCUUAAAAGCAGGUUAGAUAAAAAACACCUGAAAAAAAUAUUCCAUAAACAUCUAGAGGAACAAAUGCUUAAAAUAAUGCUAAUGAUGAAAGUGCCUAAAAGUAGCAAAGAAGUCCCUCAUAGUAAAAAAACGGAUAGCAAUCCUCAUCAAAGAAAAAAGUUGAAAAAUAUUAUUUAUAGCAAGUCGAAAGGUAAAAUGACUUAGUUUAGCAGUAACAAAAAUAAAUUAUUUAGUACCAGCAAUAACUCUAGCAAUAAACAUUAGAAUUCUAAUUAUUUAUGCAAGAGUAGCAGCUAUUGUCAUAGUAGAAUUACUUUUAGUAAUAGUAACAGCUUAUGAAUUAGCAACGAAGCUCAGCAAGCAUGCUUUUGCAACAACCAUUUUUACCUUUGUAACUUUUAGGUGCUUCUGCUAAUCCUUUAUUUUCAUUUAACCAUUUGAAUUCACCUUUGGUCAUGUCUGCUGCUAAUCCAACCUAGAGCGCAGCUUUUAUGCCCCAAGUUCAUCCACCAAUAAUCAUAAACAAUAAUAUACAAAAAACAAACGAAGAAGAAUAAAAUAACUUGAACAAUAAUAACACAACAAAUAUCAAUAACUUAAAUGGUAGCAUGAAUUCAUAGUAGUAAUAGGCAGCCUAUCUAACAAGUAAUAAAACCCACUCAUUAUAAAUUCCAUCUUAUGAAAAAAAUGGUGAUGAGACAUUAACUCCUGCAGGGUAACAAGGAACUGCAGACUAAAGCCAAAUUGAACGUUAAACAGAACAAAUCUUUAAGAAUAAUAACAAUAGCAAUUCUUUUGCAGGAAAUUUCGCAAAGAAAAGCUCUUCACAAAGAAGAAAAUGGGACAUAGGAUAGAAAACAUGUACUUAAUCUGAGCUUUCUGCUGACGAAGACUACCUCACAUAAUAUAAUAGAGAAAUAAAGUAACCAAGACAAUUCGAGUACUCUUCUUAGCUUUACUUACCUCCUCAAUAAAAUAUGCAUCAAAAUUAGCCCCAUUUAGUUUAAUACAAAAAACCAGUAAAAUUUGAUAUUUUUUGGGAAAAAGAUGAAAUUGAAUAAGAAAACAAAGAAAACUAAAGAAAUAAUUCCAACAAAAGAGUUAAUAAUACAAAUGGACCAGAAGACAAUAAGUUAGAAUCCCUUAUUUAGAAGCAAUUUAAAAACGUUACAGACCAACCUGAUAACUAAACUAACCCACAAAAUAACAAUCGCACUCUGUAAGACAUAUUUGUGUCUAAAAAGACUGAUUUAUAGAGAAAGUUGGAAUAUGAAAAGAAUGCUUAACACUAAGUACUAUCAUAUCGUAAUCAAUCACCUGACUUAUCAAAGGAAGAUUUAAUUUAAAUAAGGAGAGAUUUACUAAAGCCUAAGUCUUAGUAAGUAAUGCAGUCAAUCAACUUUGAUUCUCACAAUCAAAGCCAUUAAUAAUCUCAUUUUUAGAGCUAAUUCUCUCAUAUUAGUUAAGGAUUUCCAACAAAUAGUUUGGCUUCUCAAAGCUAAGUUAACCCAUCUAUAUCUACAGCAUAAGCUACUCAAAAACCUUAAAUAUAAACUUCGACUAUAUCACUUGCAUAACCAACAGUUAAUUUGAAUGUUGUCCCACUCUCAACUCCUAAUGCCACUUCAUCUCAACUAAAUAACUUGGGAAGCAUAUAAAAAUAAGUCAUAACACAACCAUAAUAAAUAAAUAUUCAAUUAAAUACCUAACCAUAAGCAGGCAGUUUAUAAAAACCUUAUAUUUAAACUUAGCCAAUAAAUACUCAGUAAAAGAUAGGUAAUUUAAAUAAUCUUCCUUAGUAACAAACAUAGCAAGCUCAAUAAAAUUUUUAACAUGUUCCUUUAUCUGUAAACUAAUACGCUACUAAUACAUAAUAGUAAAAUUAAUUGUACAGCUAACAACCAUCUGGAGGAAUUUAGUUAGUUUAAUAAUAGCCAUAAUAAAUAUUGUCCUAGCCUAAUUAGCCACAAUAAAAUACUAUGAUUCAAAUAAACCCUUAAAAUCCUAUUCAAAUCUAAUCUUAGUUCCAGCAGCCAUUUAUCCCAUUACAUUAGCCUUACUAACUUAACUAAAAUCCACCUGUAAAUUAAAUACAACAAUAUCACAGAAUUACCUCAAAUUGA